CUGGAUUUUGAAACAAAAAAGGCAUACACUUUCAAAGUAGAAGCCUCAAACGUGCACCUUGACCAUCGCUUCAUUCUGUGGGUCCAUUCAAAGACACAGCAACUGUGAAGAUCAAUGUCCUGGAUGUGGACGAGCUCCGGUUUUCAGCAAACCAUUUUAUACCAUGGAGGUAUAUGAAGAUACUCCGGUUGGGACCAUUAUAGGAGCCGUGACUGCUCAGGACUUGGACAUUGGAAGCAGUGCUGUCAGGUACUUCAUAGACUGGAAGAAUGAUAUGGAUAGCUACUUUACUAUAGAUGGAAUGGAAGGAACUAUUGCCACAAAUGAGUUACUUGAUAGAGAGAAUACUGCGCAGUACAAUUUUUCAAUAAUUGCAAGUAAAGUUAGCAAUCCACUCUUGACCAGCAAAGUUAAUGUCAUCAUAAAUGUCUUGGAUGUCAAUGAAUUUGCUCCAGAAAUUACAGUACCCUAUGAAUCUUAUGUGUGUGAAAACGCACGGCCGGGACAGGUAAUUCAGGUUAUUGGUGCGGCAGAUAAGGAUUUGUCUCCUCCUGGGCAAAAAUUUUCUUUUCGACUAUCUCCUGAAGUUACUACAAAGCCAAAUUUCACAAUCCACGAUUUCACAAACAACACAGCAGGAAUUGUAGCUGGCAGAAGUGGUUACAGCCGUCGACAGCAAGAGUUCUAUCUCCUUCCAAUUGUCAUUGAAGAUAGUAGCUAUCCAAAACAAAGCAGCACAAACACAAUGACAAUCCGAGUUUGCAGAUGUGACUCUGAUGGCUCCGUCCUCUCAUGUAAUGCUGAAGCAAUAUUCUUGCCUGUUGGACUCAGCACGGGAGCAUUGAUUGCAAUCCUGUUGUGCAUUAUUAUACUCCUAGUUAUUGUGGUUCUUUAUGUGGCCUUGAGACGGCAGAAGAAAAAAGACACCUUAAUGACCUCCAAGGAGGAUGUCCGAGACAACGUCAUUCAUUAUGAUGAUGAAGGAGGGGGUGAAGAAGACACUCAGGCCUUCGACAUUGGGGCUUUAAGGAACCCCAAAGGAAUCGAGGAUAACAAAAUGCGCAGGGAUAUCAAGCCAGAUGCUCUCCGCUUGCCUCGAUCAAAACCACCCACUGAGGACAACACAAAUAUUAGAGAUUUCAUAAAUCAAAGGCUAAGGGAAAACGAUGGCGAUCCAUCCGCUCCCCCUUAUGAUUCACUAGCAACUUAUGCUUACGAAGGGAAUGGAUCUGUAGCUGAAUCUCUCAGCUCUAUAGAUUCUGUUGCAACAGAAGCAGAUCAGGACUAUGACUAUUUGAGUGACUGGGGACCACGCUUCAAAGUGUUAGCAGAAAUGUUUGGAGAAGAAGAAAGCUAUAAUCCAGAUAAAGUCACUUAG